UGAAAUAUGUAUUUGUUUUCAAAACAAUGUUAUAAGUUAAACAAUAAUUCUUUCCAUUGUCAUAUUAAAGUUAUAGUUUGAUGAUAAAUAAAUGUCACUCAGAUCUUGAGAUAUGUGAUAUAAUAAAAAGCUACACUUGCUACUUAUGAAUUAUUGAAACAAAAAUGUCCAACGUCUUGUGUUUUGUAUGCUACGGCACAGUUCAUUCGGAUAUCAGUGACGGAACACGAGCUAAAUAUCGCGACUUCGUCGGCAUUAGCCUGUGUCCGGAAUCCCAGCUGUGCUACGUUUGCUGUCACAUACUCAAUAAGAUGUGCAUUUUCAAAUCGCUAUGUCUUAAAAGGAGCACAGACUAUCCUAUAUUUAGCGAAAAAGAUAUACUAAGAUUACAUAUAACCGAAGUAAAGACACAAACGAUUUGCGAUGAUGAAUGCUGUGAACGACUUAAGGUAGAUAUAAAGAAUUACAAUGACAACUACGAUGAAAAUCUAUGUGGGAAUAACAAAGAUAUUGGUUCUGAUGAGGAUAUUAACGGGUACGGCACAGAUGAUGAUAAUAAUGGUGACAUUAAUUACUACGAAUAUAACAUUAGUGAUGCUUAUCAUGGCAAUGAGGAUGGAAAACAAAAUGGAGGACAUACAGAGGUGGGUUUGAAAGAAGAUGUCGUGUUGGAGGAUACAUUAAAUAAUGAUGUUAACGAAGAUGAUAGAAAUGAUAGUAAUGAUGAUAAUGAUGAUAAUGAUGACCGGAAUCAUGAUGUAAUUAACAAGGAUGAUGUUAAAGUGACCGAUGGGAGGAAAAUGAGAAAGAAUAGAUUAAAGAAAUCAAAAAGAAGGGGACUUAUGAAGAUAACUCUGACAGUUGAAGAACAGAGAGCUGAACUAGAAGCGAAGAGGAAGGAAAAGAAGUACACAGAGGCUGAGUUCAAGUGCUAUAAUUGUGCCAUAGGAUUCCUGUUCAAGGAUACUUACCAGGCGCAUAUGAUGCGUCACGAAGAGUCUAACGGUCAAUACUCGUGUCCCAUAUGCACCCUCCGCGUGUCGUCUCUAACGCUGCUCCGCGUCCACGCCUCCCGUCACGCGGAGCGCUCCGUGUGCGUGAGGUGCGGGGUUCGAGUCCCCGGCAGGCACCACGUUUGUAAGCACACGAGGACCAGGUCCCUGCCCUGCCACAUGUGCGCUAGACUGUUCACGGACGCGAGUGGUCUCCAACAACAUUUAAAACGAGUCCACACCAGCAAGACCAGCGGCAGACUCCACACCUGUACCGUCUGUGGCGAGACUUACAACACGCAGGCGGCUCUGAGGACGCAUAUGAUUAAACAUAUAAAACGAAAAUUCCCGUGUGAGCUGUGCCCGUCGGUGUACAGCAGUCCGUACACCCUGAACCAGCACAUGAAGACCCACAACCAGGUGUCGGAGACAUACUACUGCGAGACCUGCAACGUCAGCUUCACCUCCAGGAAGGGGCUGAUGGCUCAUAGACGGAACACGCUCAAACACCAACAGACCCUCUUCGAGUGUCCGAUAUGUGGUCGAGUGUGUCCCAACCAGCGAGCGCUGGCCUCACACAUCCAGGCCGUCCACUCGUCCAGCAAGGAGUACAGCUGUUCCAUGUGCAGCUCCAGCUACACUAGCAGGAAGUCGCUCGUCAGACACGUCGGAACGCACAGGAACAGCACAGGCGGGCCGCUGGCUGUGUGUCACCUGUGCGGGAACUGUUUCAAGGGCAAUAACAAACUCAACAGACACCUAAGAGACGUCUGCGAGAAGGCGAAAGCUGAAGAAGCGACAAAUAGUUACGAAUAAAUACUUAUUUAAUGAAA